AUGCAGCGACUUUUUAAGCAUGUUUUCAAUUUCAGGAUCCAUUCUUUCAGAAACAACUUCUUCGUUUUAAUAGCAGCAUUCCUGUGCUCCAACUUUUUUCCCGUCGAUGCAUACACGAAUAUAACGGACGACAACACCGUCUGGGAAGACGUUUUAAGAAUUUCAGAAUUAUUAUUAUACAACUGCAUAACAUACGGUACGCGAGACCAAGAAAAAUUCCUGCCAAGAUUGCAGGAUUGCUUGAAACGCAGAAGUUUGCGGGCACUAGACAGGACAAUAAACCGAGAUGUCAUUGAAUUUGCUGAGGGAAUUGCACUGGUCAAAGAUCGGAUUUUGAACAACACUAACAAAAGAUCAAUGCAAGCCAUACUACCGAAUACAUUGGAAAUAUCAGACAAAAACUGGCAAUUGCAGUUUUUAAAUAAACUUUUAGAACUUUUCCAGACUCACACACUUAAGAUAUUUCUUAAAAGAAAUAAUACAGAAAUUAUAGAGGGUCGCCGAAGAAAAGACAGGGGGGACAUGUCAAGUAUCCUGGUGUUCAGCAUGUUGGCAAUGGGUAUGAUAAUGGUACCAUUAGGAUUCCAGUUUCUCGCUGUUCUUGGAGGAAAGGCAAUUCUUCUGGCGAAAAUGGCACUUAUCCUUGCUUCCAUAUCAGGCCUGAAAAAACUGGCCACCAGCAACCUUAACUACGGAUUCUACCAAACACAUCCAGGAUCGGGGCACGAGCAUGGAUACGAGCAUGGACAUGGACCAUGGCACUACGACAGACAGUGGCCGUAUAACGGCGUACCAGUAGACGAGGGGCAUCAUCAUUAUUCAGAUCAAGAAGCCCAUUACAGUCAACAGCCGCUUGCUCAAAAUGCUGAUUUGUUGCAUGCAUAUCCAAACCCAAGAUAUGAUUGGAAAGGACAACCCAAUUAG